ACUUGGACAGAUCUAACUUAGGUAAUGCCCGCUUGCAAGGUCUGCCACAGGAUGCUCUCGGGGGCGACCCCACCGGUACGCGCUUUGACUGGGUGAACUCAGCGUUCUUCUUUUCAUACAUUCUUUGUCCAAUACCCGUGACAAUUGCCGCCAAGUUGUUUCCACCUAAUCUAUGGAUCGGCUGUGCGGCGGUUGGCUGGGGGCUGUCCUCAACUCUGAUGUCCACGGGCUUCAACUUCGCGGGUCUCAUGGUCUGUCGCAUCUCGCUUGGAGCUUUCGAGUCUGCCUUUGGUCCUGGAAUUCCAAUCUAUAUGGCCAUGUGGUAUACGAAACAUGAGAUGGGCUUCCGCAUGGGGUACUGGUUUGGAUUUGCCGCGGUGGCGGGUGCAUUCGGUGGUUUGAUUGCCUUCGGCAUCCAACAUAUACACGCUGCUAUCUCCGACUGGCGACUGUUGUUCAUCGUUGAGGGCAUUCCUACAAUUUGCCUCGGACUGCUCACAAUAUGGAUAUUACCUGACCGUCCAGACAAGACAUCAUGCCUAACUGAGGCCGAGCGACGGCUCCAGCUCGAGCGAAUGAACCGAGGUCUCCGGGCAGAUGUUGGUAGGACGAUCAAUAAGGCGCAUAUUAAGGCUGCUUUUAAAGAUUGGAGGAUGUAUAUGGCCGGUGUCAUAUUCUUUGGAGCGAAUUGUUCGCUGGCUUCAAUCUCUGCUUUUCUGCCCACAAUCAUCUCGGAAUUCGGAGUCACCGACGCUCGUGCACAGUUACUUACAGUUCCACCGUAUGCCGUCUCCGCUGUCGUUUUAUGCUUGGUAUCGUUUGCCAGCGAUCGCCUCCAAAGUCGCGGGCUCUACGUUGCGCUAGCCAGUGUUCUCGGAGCUGUAGGCUACCUGAUCCUCCUCCUAGCGGCACACAACAUUCACGUCCGCUACUUUGCUACAUUCUGUAUCACGAGCGGGACCUAUACGAUCAUUGGCAUCCUUAUCACUUGGUUCGCGCACAACCUUGGGUCGGAGACGAAACGGGCAACAGGCGUCCCGCUUUACCAGGCCAUUGGUCAGUUCGGCAGUAUCCUGGGAAGCCAUCUUUUCCCCGCAAGCGAGGGCCCGCGGUACACGAAAGGUUUCGCCGUUUCCUGCGCAUUAGAGUUCUUGUGCGUGUUGGCCGCUAUUAUCCUGACGGUAUCGUAUCGAAUUGAUAACCACCAGCGCGAUUGUAAGUAUGGUAAGGUGGAGAACACAGAUGCGACCGUAGACACGCGUGAACUUGCAGACAAGGCUCCUAUGUUCCGUUACGUCCCUUAAGGAGGCGGGAUAGAUUCUCUCGAUGCCUAGCUUGCUUUUCUGCUAUCAUUUUCAUCGUCAUCCUGUUGUAAU